AUGUCUAGUGAUAUAAUAACAAAUCCAACACUUAGUGAGAAUGGAUACGCGUAUAAACAUUUUCAAAAAAUAAGCGAUUAUAACUCUUACAACAGUCCAAAUAUAAAUUCUAUUUCGUCUGUUAAAGCAGUAAAGUCAUGGGAUUUAGAUCCACCCUAUCACCCUGAUUUGCUUGAAGAACAUUAUCCCAAUGACUGGAAAUAUGACAACACCCCAGGAAAUGAUCAUAAUAUACACACAGAUACAGAAACUAUGGCUAAUCCGUACAACGACACAAUAAAAUAUCCUACGGAACAUGAUGACGACCAUAUGGCCAGAAAUGCAGAAAAUUAUGAUAAUCUGAACCCUACGGUGGCUGAUCCUUUUUUGACAAGUUAUACUGAUGACUAUAAACCUUAUGAUAAAUCUUACAGAGAAGACCCGAUUACGCCCCUCUCACAGUGGGAAACACCUCAUGAAAAUGUUUUACUAGAGAGUACUUACCAAGAUGAUUACCAGCCCUACAAGUUGGAUAAAGUUAAUGAUUAUCGACCUAGAGAGUUUUAUUUACCUCCACAAGAACCUAUGGACACCAACACUACCUACAAUCUAGACUACCCACCCCGUUAUUCUCAGAUGGAAAGAAGUUUUAAACCAUACGAAGCCUACGUACCUCCUUCGGUGCCAAUGUCGAACAUAACAAGCUAUCAGUUAGAAUAUGAGGAUCCCCCUUGGUCACCUAAAGAAAUACCUUUCCGAAUGAAAGACCAUGAAACUUUUCCAAGGGGCAAUUUUCAAAGUGAAACGAGUUAUAUCACAGACUACCCACCAAAAGUGGCCCAACCUGUUCACUGCUUCAAACCGUAUAGAAAGUACAGAACGCCUACAGAGCCUAUGUCCAGCCAAACAAGUUAUCAAACGGACUAUACAUUCCAACCACAGUCGAAACCAACAUCUUACUCUCCUGUUUAUGUCUAUCAGCAACCUAAAGUACCAUUCCAGAAUAACACGAGUUAUUCCGAAGAGUUUCAACCUCAUCUAUUCUCAAAACCUGAAUGCUUUAAACCCAUUUAUGAGUACCGGAAACCUAGAAUGAAAAUGGAAAACACUACUGCCUAUAGUUCAGACUACAGACCAUGGCACGUUAAAAAAGAUGACCCAUUCUAUCCCCAAGAUAAUAUUCAUUUGCCUCGUGCUAAUAAUGAAAUGAUUACGAGUUAUAUGGAUGAGUUUCCACCUAGGUAUACACAAAAGUUACAUCCUAUAAAACAAAAAGAAAACAGGUGGCUUAGUGAUGAAGCGUUAUCCAGUCAAACUACAUAUCUAACUGACUUUAGACCAGUCACACCAGAACCAUCAAUGUCAUAUAAACCUACGGAAAUUUACAGGUCACCAAGUCUACCAGUAGUUUCACAGUCAUCUUAUGCCGAGGACUUCAUCCCGAGAUAUGCGAAAAAACAGGAUCCAUUAUUGCCUAAAUCUAAUCUAAAAGUUUCAAAACUGCCAAUGGAUAAGACUUCUUCAUAUUCAGAGGAAUUUCAGUACCGCAAAGCAAAGAGAACGGAAAAUUUAAAACCCAUAUAUCGUUACAAGCAUCCAAGUGUACCAUUUUCUGGUAAGACAAGUUAUCAGCUGGAAUUCCCUCCACCAUCUAGAGAGUACAAAGGUAACCGAAGCUGCCCACCAACCACACGAUAUUCAUAUAUGUACCCUGCUACUCGGAUGAACACGACAACUUCUUAUACUGAUGACUUUAGACCAAUAAAAAAUCCAUCAAAACUCCAACCAAUAGUGAAAGAAGAUAACCUGAAAAUAAAUUAUUUGAUUAACAACGACCUAAAAACAAGUUAUUCAAUUGAUUAUGUGAAUUAUCAUGAACCAGAUUCAAAUCCGUAUACGAAUGACAGUAAAUUUAUUCAACCCAGUGAAGAUGUUCACGCUGAAACGACGAAUUCACGUAACAUCUUACCAAAAGUAAACUUUCAUAAAACUCUUUUUGAGACAACAAAAAAUUAUCCACAAAAUUCUGAUGGACAUAAACUAAAUAAUCACUAUUCAAAUACAACAUACCAUCAGGGAUUUUCAAAACUACCACCUAUUCAACAAAUAAAUCAAUUCCGACCCCAGGAUUACUAUGUUCCACCAACAGUUAAAAUGUCAAAUGAAACAACUUAUUCAAGUGAUUAUAAAUGGCCCGAAUUUAUGGUCGGUGCCAACAGAAAUUCAGAUAAUUAUAAUAAUGUGAAUAGUUCAUAUGACUAUUCUGAUAAUAAUCCAAAUAACUUUAAUCAAUAUUCUAAUGAUCCUGAAUUCACCAGUACUGAACUGUCCAAAUGUAAUAACACAACGACUGAAAAUACAAGUAUCUCAUCGGAUAUGUAUCGUACAAACAAUAGUUUCAGUAACAGCGGUCAGGAUAGUAGCGAAGGUGCUUUAGGUAAAUUUAUGAAUUUAAUGUCACAAAAUUGA